UGAAGGGAAAUCAACUUCCGGAAGGCAGAGGUUGGCUCGAGGACCUUCUCACCCCCACCCUCCACCCCCUACCUGGGAACAAGUGGGAGACAGCUCCGCCUGGAGGGUCCCAGACUGGGAAAAUGUCAUGCCACCAUCAUCAGUGCCUAUACUCCCACCGUGACAAACCCUGAUGAGGUCAAAGAAAAAUUUUAUGAAGACCUGGAGACACUUAUCAUCAGUGUGUCAGAAGAGGACAAGCUUAUAAUUCGGGGAGACUUUAAUGCUAGAUGGGCUCAGACUACUACUGGCAGAGAGUCCUAGGAAAGAAUGGGGUUGGAAACAGCAACAACUCAUUGUUGGAAGUAUGAUUCAAACCCAGACUCCUAGAAUAGACUUCAAGCCUAGCAUUCUUUCUACUCUGUCAUCUUACUUUUGAAAAACAAGAAAACAAGGUACCACUUGAAAAAUGGAUGAUGAUGAUUUUGGUGGUUUUGAGGCAGCAGAGACCUUUGAGGGUGGAAGUGGUGAAACCCACACUACUUCUCCAGCUAUUCCAUGGGCAGCAUUUCCAACAGUAUCUGGAGUCCACAUUCCCCCACCUGUGUCUCCUGAGAGUCUUCUGGAGCAGUCUUUGUCUUCAGCUCAUCUUGUCUCUUCUAAGCCCAUCAUUUCAUCACAGGAUAGUGCACUGGUUGUUCCACAAACCACCAACAAUAUUGUUCAGCAAUCAACAAAUACUAUUGAUCCUUCAGUUUUUCCAUUGGAUUUAACUGAUGAAAAGUCUAAUGAAACAAUUUCACUUGUGGAUGAUACUGCUGAGGAUCACAAAGCUAUUGAGUUAAACAUGGAACUUCAACAAAAAGUUGCAAGCUUGGAGCUUAAACUUAAAGCUUCUGAAGAAGAAAAACAGAGAAUUAGAAAGGAUUUAGAAACAUUGGUGGAAAAGCAUAGAGUCCUAGAAAAAGAUUUCCUAAAAGAUAAAGAAGAUGAAGCAGUUUUUCUCCAGGAUAAAUACAAAAUGCUUCAGGAAAAACAUAAGCAACAGUUGGAAGAUAUGAGGAAAGCUGGGCAUGAGACUCUGAGCAUUAUUACAGAGGAAUAUAAGGCAUUACUGCAGACUACAGUUAAGCAGCAAGAAGAAUCUAUUGAAAAACAGUAUAUCUCUGCCAUUGAAAAACAAGCUCGCAAGUGUGAGGAGUUGCUUAAUGCUCAGCAUCAGAGGCUUCUGGAUAUGCUUGAUGCAGAGAAGGAACAACUAACAGAAAAACUAAAAGAAACUUUGACUCAACAGUCUCAAGAUCAGAAGGAAAUAUUGGGAAAGUGUUUGGCAGAAGAAAUGCAAAGAAGUAAAGAUGCAUUAGCAAAUGCAGCAAAGAUUGAGAAAGAGACAGUGAAGGAUGCUAUUUUAAAAGCAGUAGAAGAAGAAAGAAAAAACUUGGAAAAAGUUCACGCUGAAGAGAAGGAAAUAUGGAAAGCUGAGCAUGAUAAGGAUCAAGAAAAAGUAUCUCAGGCAAUCCAAGAAGCUUUACAAGAACAAAGAAAAAUAAGUCAGGAAACACUCAAGGCAGCAAUAGCAGAGGAGCAGAAGCGAAGUGAAAAGGCUGUGGAAGAAGCUGUGAGAAGAACAAGAGAAGAACUAAUGGAGUAUGUAAGGGAACAGAAGAGGCUUGAUGAAGUGAUCCGCCAGAGAAGCCUAUCAACUUUGGAACUGUUUCUCUCUUGUGCCCAGAAACAAUUGAGUUCUUUAAUCUCUGAAGAACCAACUUCAACAGAAGGAGGAGAACAUGACAAGCUGACCAGCACUGAGAGUGGCUAGAUCAUUUGAGUCCCUGAUUUACAUUCUGUGAAUUACACAGAUGCUUUGCUUUUCUUUUCUUUUUAAAAUAUUAUGGAUUAUAGUACUGGCUUAAGGAUAAUACAAAACAAUAUUUAGAAGAACGUCAGGUGAUCUAAUUUGUUUUGUUUUGUUUUCUCAUUUGCUUUCCUUUCAAGCAUAAUAUGACCUAAGAAAGUAAUUGAAAAAUACCACAUGAUCAAAACCUACACUUAUGUUGCAAAUUUUAUAGCCUCCAGUGGCCUUUUAUUGGUAAAUUUGGCAAAGGUAAUGAGCAUCGUAACUUAUUGCCUCAAUAUGGCUUUUUACAAGAUGCCAGCAUGUGAUCGUAUAAUUUAUUUCUUCUUCUAGCAUAGGAGGAGGCCCAAGUUUCAAUAUUAUUUAGUUACCUCUUUGGAAUUUGGAUAUAAAGAUCUGAGUUUUCCUGGCCAUUUUUUCAGCUGUUUAUAAUACUUUUUGCCAGUGAACAGAAAAUGAAUAACAAGAGGGGAAAAGAGAAAUUUAAAGUAUUUUAUAUUAAUUUUACUGUCCUGUUGAAACACAUGCUGAAAAAGAAA